AUGUCACUGCCGCUAAUCGGCGUAACAAUUGCCAAGCCAUUAGAUAUCACGAGUGCUUUAAAAAUUAUCGAAAAUGAACGAAUUACAUUCAUUGCAUGCCCGCUGAUAUGCCCUGUUACUAACACAAUGCCUAAUGACGAUUUUAAUGCCGUAAACGAAUUUACAGCCUACUAUGAUUCCUUUCACAAAUUAUCAAGUGAAGAUUUUUACUCCAAAGUUGUAGGUUUAACCAUGCCUUACUGUGGCACUGGUUUGUUAUCUAAGGAAUUAGAAUGGUCAGCUUACCUGGGAACUAGGGCAUUGAUAGUUCAACCCCCCGCUGCAGCUCUCAAUUCUCCCGAAUUCUCUCAAUUUGCCAAUUGUCUAAACAACGUAUUUGAGAUCAGCCCCCUUACAUCCAUUUGGCUGAAACUUUCAGUACUUGACAAUCUGGAUAUUUGGCGUUCUUUGCACAAAUUUUGUGGCCCAUUUUCCUCUAUUACUAUCAUCCUAUCAUUUCUAGCUGAUGGUGUUGACACUAUUGACUAUUUGUGCAAUUACUGGGAGGACAACUUGGCUAGGUCACUGCAAUCUAUUCCUACUUCGGCAAUACUAAUUAGUACCAAAUAUUUCCACCGGAAUGAUCAAGGCUCCCUAACUUUGGGGCCACUAAACAGUGUUAUCCAGCAUUACAUCAACACAAAUACUAAAAUACUCAUAACUGGUGAUGAUUGUGAUAACAUACUCGAUAAUUCAAACCUGCUAAACGAUAUACUAGCUGUACUAAUGUCAUUUACUGCAAAUAAAUUGGUUACUGCGAAUAAGGAUUAUUGGGACCUGCCUCAAAAUCCACUGCAACCUCUAAGGGAUAAUCUGCAGUUCCGUUGCUACGAAAACUUUGAACUUUCACGCUCAAAAUAUUACACCUAUCAGCUAGCCAUACAGGACUACAUAUCUAUAUCUAUAAAACAUUCUAAAGGCAUAGAUUGUGUGGUGUUUCUCGUGGCUGGCUGUGGCAGGGGGCCACUAAUACAAUCCAUAAUCAACGCACAACUUUGCAUACUAGGUCAUGUUAAAUAUUGUGUUGUUGCCAUUGACAAAAAUCCACAUUCACUUACUACGGUAAAAUCGAAAACUAAAGACCCAAACUGGGAGAAGGUCAUUGUACUAAACUGUGAUAUGAGGGGUACGGCAUUUAUCAAGGUUCUAAGGGCACUAAUAAAAGAUAAGGAGUGUGAUUUGUGUGUUGUCAGUGAACUGCUUGGCUCAUCAGGGGAUAAUGAAUUAGCCCCAGAGUGUCUCGGUGGUUUAUCCGAUUCACUAGAUACUAGUGGCAUAACACAAUUAUGCUCCGUGACUUAUAUACCACACGAUUGUUUAAACUUUUGGGAACCGAUUUACGCGCCAAAACUUUAUCAAAAUAUACAGCGGCUGGCUGCAACAACCCCAAGCAUAUUGGAUUCCCCUUCAGUGAGCUGUUUAAAUUGUAUAUCAAGGCCAUGUGAAAUUAUGGCCGGGUUUAAGUUUGAUUUCCCAUCAAAUGCUCAAGACAAUUUUUCGCGCUAUGUGUCAAUAGAAUUCACCGCGAAUUACACAAGUGAGAUCCACGGUUUUGCUGGUUACUUUUUAUCCAAUCUACAUGGCAAUUAUUUUAUAUCUAUAUUACCAGAGAAGUACCCACAUGAAUCGCAUGAUAUUUCAUGGUUUCCAUUGUUUUUACCACUCAGAACACCAUUAUUUGUUAAUAAAGGUGAUAAAUUCACAUUCCACUUGUGGAGAAAGCAACAUUCUACUAGCGUGUGGUAUGAGUGGGCUGUGGCAAAUCCGCUGCUGUCACAGUUAUACAAUUCAAGGGGUAAGUCAUGGUCCAUUUCCAAGGUUGUUUGA